AUGGGUAUGCGCCUACAGAAGACAACACCGACUUUCUUUCAGUCUCGUAGCGCUUCUGGCCAGUCCACUCUUAGUGCUAAUACUUCAUCAUCGGCAUCUCCUAAGAUCGAAAAGUCUGGAUUCCUGGCCACUCCGGAACCUCAAAGCCCUCUAUCGCCUAACCCUUUAUCAAGACCAUCAUCUCGUCUUCGCAGUGAAAGUCCUUCAUCACCGUCUUACAACAAGGUAUCGACUGCUGGAACGUUGAGCCCAGUUGUUCUUGAGAGAGAACAGAAAAGAAGCCGUCGGAGAUCAUGGUUUGGACGGAGCAAGAGUGUUGAGAGCACAGAACGAGGCCCUGCGGCAUGGGUCAUGGGUCACCCGGAGCAGCAACCAUACAACCUCGACCGUUUGGCUGGCGGAGACCGGGUACAAGAUCUGUGGGAUGAGUCUGCAGAUUGCGAGAUACAUUUGUUCGCGAGGCUUUCGGGCAAAGGUUCUUCGUUUAGGCUUGACUCGGCAUUAUUGGCUUCAUCCAAGUUGUUGUCUGAGUUGGCCCUGCCCUCUGACACUGGUAAGUCGCUCGCUCAUACGCCUCCUUUGACCCCUAAGACUGGCUCAGGGUGCCGGGUCUUUUUACCAAUCGCACUGAAACCCGAUAUGGCCUUGUCUGUCCCUUCUGACUCCCAAAAGCUAUCGGAUGACGAGGAGAUACUUGUUGCAACGCGCAAUCUCUUCGCUUUCCUUGCUGGAGGGUCUUUGGUAGCCACGCAGAGGAACCCCACCAUCUUCUCUGUCUUCAUCAAGAUAUCGGAGACUCUGAAACAACUCGGAUUCUCCAAUGCCAAUGGUUCAACAUUUGGCGAGAUUGCAACAUCCAGCUUCGACCAGUAUGUGAGCGAACUAGGUCUGGCAGAUGUAAGAUCAAGCCCCGAGAAGACCAUUGAGGGCAUGAUUCUUGGAGAGCACAUGAAAAACAUCAAGCUGUAUAACGAAGCUUUCACACAUGCUGUUGGCAGAUAUAACGAGCUCCUGAAACUGGGGAGUCCAAAAUUCAAACUCAUCAGCCUCAUCUCCACCAACAGGCUUAGCCGUGCAGCAAUGGACUUGGAAAAGCGCACGGCGAGCGUUAGACACGUGCUGGUAGACUUCGACUUUCCACAACUCUUUUCCGGUAUCCUGAACAGCAAAACAGCCGACGAGCGCAAAGAUGUUGACUUCGAUGUCCUGCGAAGUUCGUUUCUUUCUACCCGAAAAUUUGUCAUAUCAUUCUACAAGAAUCGUUUCGGCUCGUGGCCGCCGAGAGCUUCGAAGAAGAACGAACUGGAAACGAGCGGACUUAAUCGAUUGGUUUGUCGAGAUUUAUACCAAGAUCUCUGCGCUAUGUACGAUCUCUUGGUAGAUCGCUCGGGUUUGACAAACCGUUCUGUGGAUGGUCUCUUGAGUGACGAGAGCGCUGCUGAUGCACCACGGGUGCGAGCGCUUCGUACGGUGCUAAGUGAGUAUGAUCGCUCUUCGCCGCCAGUAAAACCGCCGAUCCCUUACGAUCUUCCUAUGUUUCCAUCAUUGAGACAGACACGAUGCGACGGAUGGGGUGAUUCAAAGAAAGAAUUGAAGGCCAUGUCGAAAAAAUUGAAAGACGAUGACAUAGCGGAGAUCAUGACAGCGUCACACAACGCCGAUGUCCCACCAUCUUCGUUCUUGAACUCGUUCAGAGAAGUCGAGCGCAAGGCCGCGAAACGUUGCACCAUCAAGGAGUUGGCAGAAAUUCGCAUGGGUCAAUGGCUUUUCGUCUACGCCGUCCUGCAAGCUUUGCCGUUGGUCACCGUGGACGGACCUCAGCUUCAGCAUACUACAGGCGUGGAUUACUUCCUCUGCGAGUCACCUAGAUUUGGGGUGCCUUGGGCGAGGGAGGAUGCUUUGCGUGACGCUAGCCGCACUGGGAUAGCCAGGGCAGGAGGUAUUGUUUGCCUACCUGCUGAUCUUUUCCAUCAUGGCGCUGAAGGUAUCUACUUUCGAAGCCACUGCUGGCAGGCAGCAAAGGCAUGGAGCGCUGGAGACGCAGCACUGGCUUCCGCGCUUCAUUCGCAAUACCAUCUUGAUGUCGAACAACUCGAUCGUCCAGCUGCACCAGCGUCCCCGAGUAAGAGGAGCAGUCCUGCAGGCCAGGUCCAGAGUCGAAAACCAGUGGGCCUGGGUGUGGACUCCUCGGAUGACAAAACUCAAGCAGCAAGACGAGUCAGUGCGUACGAUCCAAACUUGACUUUCGACUCAAUCUUGGGCAGUACCGCAUCUGGUGCUGACAAGAAGAAAAAGUAG